AUGGCAGGAACCGGCAGCGCGAGGCAACUUGUUUGCAUCGGGCUGCUGCUCACCGCCGUCGUGCUCGUGCAGCAAACCUGUUCGGCCCGUCCGCUGCAGCAAGACGCGCCGGUUGCGGAGGGUUCCGGCGGCCUCCUGCACGCGGCGGCCGUGCAGGUUCACGUGGAUGCCGGAGCGGCGGCGUUUGGCAACGGCGCGGCGCAAGGCCAGGGAGGUGACGCCGCCGGCAUCGCCGUGCCAUACGAGGAUAAGCGGCUGAGCCCCGGAGGCCCAGAUCCCCAGCAUCACUAA